GGCCCAGAGGCGCAAACCUCACCUGGUCUCUGCGCGCUGCCAGUAAGAGAGGAGAACUGCGCGAAAGGACGCCUGUUUUCGGCUACAGCCGCCUGCAGUCGCUUCAGACCAUGGGCAACGGCAUGACCAAGGUUCUCCCCGGACUUUACCUCGGGAACUUUGUAGAUGCCAAAGAUUUCGACCAGCUGAGCCGGAACAACAUCACCCACAUCCUCUCCAUUCAUGAAUCGCCACAGCCGUAUAUUCCGGGAAUCACCUACUUUCGGAUUGCUCUGCCAGAUAUGCCGGAAGCUAACAUCAAGAAGCAUUUCAAAGAAUGCAUUCAUUUCAUCCAUUCCUGUCGCCUGCGUGGAGGAAACUGCCUGGUGCAUUGCCUUGCCGGGAUCUCUCGCAGUACCACCAUUGUCCUGGUGUACGUCAUGGCGGUGACCCAGCUGAACUGGCACGAGGCGUUGGAGGCCGUCAAGGCAGUGCGGCCGGUUGCCAACCCGAACCCUGGAUUUCGUCAGCAGCUGGAGGAGUACGGGAAAAGCAGGUCUGCGCGGAAGAUUCGGCGACGGCUGGAGCGCAAGUACGGAGCGUCCCCUUUCAGCGAUGACGAGGAUAUCCGAGGCCUGCUGCCCGGUGACAAAAGAGUUCCCACUGACCUGCCUCGGCAAACUCUGGUGCCCGAGAGUCACAGUACCAAGCCCACGGGCCCCUUCCUGCUGCGAGUGAAGGAGACGUUCUCCUGCCUCCCUGGGUGUCUGAAAUGAACCUCCCUCGGGCACGCCGGGAAACCGUAGAAACGACACACAUUGGACUGGCGGAGGCCCGAGCUGGGCAAGGAACGCACUUGGCACCCGGAAACAAAAGAGGGAAAUUUCAGUGGUAACGGACACUGUGCGGUUGAGAAGGCGGAGCUGUUCAGAGGUAACCAGUAUCUGCCUCGGUUUCUUUCGCCUGCAGGACGGAGGUGGUUAAUACAGGAAGAGGCACCCGGGAAAUGUUUCGCAGAUUGACUCCAAUGGCCCUCUGGCUAGCAAAGCCCGGUGCGAAGGCUUCGUGGCCUGUCUUGCGGACUGAAUUUUUCACACGAGACUGGGAAUCCUCUGCUGGUCAAAGACUUCCCAACGCAGGUUCUUUGGCAGGAAAACAGGAAUUUUUUCAGUUACUGUUGCCUUGAACUGGGGGGUGGGAGGUGGGGGUGGAAGACAAGAAACGGGGAAGACUGGUUCUCGCACAGAUGGUUGUUGCGCAGUAAACAGCUUUUCUAUGCAAA